AUGUCACCAACAACGGCCACUGGAAGCUUCUCCUCCUCCUCCUCCUCCACCUCGGAGACCAUAACUUGCAAAGGAGUGGUGUGCUGGGCCGCCGGUGAGGACCCAAAGACGGAGGAGAUACAAGUGGAACCACCACGUUCCGGUGAAGUGAGGGUGAAGAUGUUAUAUGCCAGUCUCUGCCACACUGACGUCUUAUGCUGCAGAGGAUUCCCAGCGCCAUUAUUUCCUCGAGUUCUAGGGCAUGAAGGUGUCGGCAUGAUUGAAAGCAUAGGCGAAGGUGUUUCUCAGUUUGAAGUCGGAGACAUUGUCAUCCCGACCUACUUGGGAGAGUGCGGAUUGUGUGAGAAUUGCAGCUCCGGCAAGACCAACAUCUGCCACAGCUACCCUCUACAGGCUUUUACAGGAUUAAUGCCUGAUGGUUCCUCAAGAAUGUCCAUCACCCGUCCACCUAGUGGAGAUGAAGUCGUUAUGCUCUAUCACUUCCUCAGUUGCUCCACCUGGUCCCAAUAUACCGUUGUCGAUGCCAACUAUAUUGUCAAGUUAGACCCUAGAUUGGCUCUCCGGCACGCAAGCCUCCUCUCCUGCGGCUUCACCACUGGUUUUGGAGCUACAUGGAAGGAAGCCAAGGUUGAAUGUGGUUCCACUGUCGCAGUUUUUGGCCUUGGUGCUGUUGGACUAGGAGCAAUUGAGGGAGCUCGGGUUCACGGAGCAACCCAAAUAAUUGGCAUUGACAUCAAUGAAAACAAGCGGAAAAAAGCAGAGGCAUUUGGGAUGACCCACUUUAUAAACCCCAGCCAAGGCCCUGCAGCUCAUAAAUCCAUCUCAGAUUUAGUGAAAGAGCUUACCCAGGGAUUAGGGGUAGACCACAGCUUCGAGUGUACCGGAGUCCCUGACUUGGUUAAUGAAGCCCUUGAAGCAACCAAAGUGGGAAAAGGGAAGAUGAUAAUGCUUGGUGCGGGAACACACAAUACCAUUGCAAUCAACUUUAUUUCGCUUCUUGGAUGCAGAACUUUCAAAUACUCCGUCUUUGGUGGUGUUAAAGUCCAGUCUGAUCUUCCUGUUGUCAUUCACAAGUGCAUCAACAAGGAAAUACAAAAUCUUGAUCACCUUUUGACACAUGAAGUUCAACUCGAAGAUAUAAUUAAAGCUUUUGCGCUACUGAAGGAACCUGACUGUGUUAAGGUCUUAAUCAAGUUGUAA